AUGGAUUCUAAAAGAAGAAAGCUCGGGGUCGAGAAGGCGGAGCGACACUCUCGGCCCGUCAAGCGGGCAAAGGUGGACGAGACGGACAUGUUCGAAGACGAAGAGGAACAAUUAGAGAGCGAGGAGGAUGCUUUUUCAGGACGGCGUGAGAAGGAUGCAGCGAAGCGGAAAGCGGGCGGCAGCGGAACAAAAGCAGCAAGCGAACCGGCGGCGGACGAGGACAAGGAGACGGCAGCGGAGAAGGGCAAGGUGAAGCAGCGGGCGGCGCCGCGGACGAGCAAACACGCGCCGGCCGAGGUGACGAGCCGGUUUGCGGUGAAGCGGGGACGCAACUGGCUGAGCGGCGACGCGACGAUUGCGGGAGUGGACGUGCGGCCGGCAGAGAUGCGGUCGCGGGAUCCGCGGUUCUUGCUGGCGUCGAUGAGCGGUCCGGCAUCGCGCAAAGAUACGCUGCGGGCGCGGCGCAACUAUGCGUUCCUGGACGAGUACCGGGACGGGGAGAUGCAGCAGCUGCGCGAGACGCUGACGACGGCAGAGCGGGCAGUCAAGUCGGUGCGAAAGUCGGCGGCGAAGCGCGGCAGAAGCGGCGGCUCACUACCACCACAGCAGCAGCAGCGGCUCGAGGCGGCAGAGGCGGCGGCAGAGGAGCUGAAGCGGAAGCUCGCGUCGAUGGAGGCACGCAAGCGCGACCGACAGGCCAAGGACCGGGAACAGGACGUGCUGGAGGAGCACAAGAAGCGGGAGCGGGAGCUGGUCCGACAGGGAAAGAAGCCGUUCUUCCUCAAGCGGUCGGAGCAGCGGAAGCAGCUGCUGGUGGACCAGUUUUCCAGCAUGUCGGAGCAGCAGGUCGACAAGGCGAUGGACCGGCGGCGGAAGAAGGUGGCAUCACGGGAACGACGAGAGAUGCCGCUGGUACGGAGGGGGUGA